GACCUAAAGUUAAUUAAACUUUACGUUGCCUUUGAUUUCAGACUCAUUUUGUAUUCGUGGUAGAGGUUGUUCACACACGCAGAGCCAGCCCUAGACCAUGGUUUUUACCUCUCCUGGUCACGGCUUUACACUAUUCCUGCUUGCCCAAAUGAGCCACAUGUGAUGGUUCUGGACUCUGCCUUUGAAAGGACACCAUAGGAGGGAAUGGCUGCUGUGUCUCCACCUACUAGAUGCCAGCCUUCUGUGACAUUUGAGGAUGUGGCCGUGACUUUCACAGAUGAAGAGUGGAGGCAUCUGCUUCCUGUGCAGAGGGCGCUCUACAAGACUGUGAUGCUGGAAAACUAUGAGAACAUCAUCUCACUGGGGCUUCCUGUUCCUCGACCUGACGUGAUUCUCCCAUUUCUUCAGUUGAAGAGCAGGCCCGAGCCAUGGACACAGGGGCUUCAUGGAUGUGAGGAGAAAGAAUGGCCAGACAGUGUCUCUCUAGACUGGGAGCCUAAGCCUGAGAUCCCAGAUGCUUCAGCAGGAACCCUGAGAGACAGUCAUAGAAGGCAAAGUCCUCUGUGCACUAAACUGGAAGUUCAGACACUAGCAGGUGGAUUGGAACCAGCAAAGGGAAGUCCUACAGCAGAGACUUGCAAGAAACGUCUUUCCUCGAACAGAAGCUUGCAGCGAAGGCCAGCCCCAUCCAGGAAAGCCCUUGCUAAGCACCAAGACCAGGAAUGUAGUGACUGCGGGAAGACCUUCUUUGACCAUUCGUCACUCCUCCGUCACCAGAGGACUCACACUGGAGAGAAGCCCUAUGGCUGUCCUGAGUGUGGGAAGGCCUUCAGUCACAGGACCAGUCUCAGCAGACAUCUGAUGUCACACACAGGGGAGAGCCCCUAUGAGUGCAGCGCCUGCGGCAAAGCCUUCUUUGACAGGUCAUCCCUCACAGUACAUCAGCGGGUGCACACGGGAGAGAAACCUUUCAAAUGCAGCGAGUGUGGCAAAGCCUUCUUUGACAGGUCGUCCCUUACUCGCCACCAGAGAAUCCAUACCGGGGAGAGUCCCUACGAAUGUCAGCAGUGUGGCAAGGCCUUUAGCCAGAAGAGCAUUCUCUCUAGUCAUGAGCUGAUCCACACCGGAAGGAAACCCUAUAAAUGUAGUGAGUGCGGAAGAGCAUUCUAUUGUAUCUCAUCCCGUAACAGACACCAGAAAGCGCAUGCCGGGGAGCCACACCAUCAGUGCGACGAGUGUGGCAAAGCUUUCUUCGAACGUUCUUCUCUCACAAAGCACCAGAGGACACACACUAGAGAGAAGCCAUAUGAGUGCAGCGAGUGUGGGAAGGCCUUCGGCCAGAAGUGCCGGCUCACACUACACCAGAGAGUUCACACAGGGGAGAAGAAACCCUUUGAGUGUAGUGUGUGUGGAAAAGAGUUCAGCUUCAAGUCUUCAGUUAUUGUCCAUCAGAGGCGUUAUGCCAAACAAGGGACAGACUGACCAAAGGAGAAGCAUUAGCUACACAAAGGGCCUUCCAUAAACGUGCUAGGUCUCCAUGUCCUCUACAAACCCAGCAUUUGCUCCUCCUGUCUACUGUGGCUGCUGUCCUGUCCACCUCUACUCCACAGGGUCUGAGUAAUCAACAUACCUAGUGUGGAGUGCAGAAGCUAAAACCUGAAUCCAGAUUCAAAAUCGUGGGCAGAGCUGGCUGUUGCUCAGUGCUAGAAUAGCGCCUAGUAUACAUGAGGCCCUGCUCCUCGACCCCAGCAAAGAAGAAGGUAGAUGGAGAGACUGUAAA